AUGAGGAGUUUCACAAAGUGCUGUCAAACGCUUUUUUGCAACAAGAAAAGCAUUACACGUAAGUGCAUAUAUCUGCAUAUAUCUCAGAGCAUAAAUAGCAUGGAGGUUUCCGUUUUCUUCCUUGUUGCCCUUAGACAAACAAUACUGUUCCAGUCCAAGAUUCGUUUCCCUAGUUUUUAUGGGAAGUGCUUAGAAUCAGCAUCACCAUCUGUGUCUCAAAUACGUAAAUAGAGGGAUGGGGGGAGAGAUAUGAGACCGCAUGUCUUUGCUCCCGGAAAGCCUUGUGGGACUUAGAAGUCAUCUUGCUUGAGCAGAACUGCAGAAGUAGUAAGUAAAAGCAGCUGUUGCUGCUGGAGGCCUUCCAGCUAGAGAACUACAAAAGGCACACUGCAGAGUGAAUGAGAGUUGGGACUUUGAAGAGAGUGCCCUCUCUUUAUUUGCAUCUUACACGGGUUGAAUUGUUUGAAGGUAUUCCUUGGUGGGAGGAAGAAGUACCAGGGACCAGAUCUGCAUAGCUCCACCUAUCCUCAGGUGAGAGUCUGGAGUGGGAAACAGCAACAUGGGAGGGAGCCAGAUUGCUGCCAGGAACAUCUGUGGCUAUUUGUAUUGUUAUUUUAGAUGCCUCAGUGAGUGAACUGUUUCUUUACAGUGGUGCCUCGCAAGACGAAAUUAAUCCGUUCCGCGAGUCUCUUCGUCUUGCGGUUUUUUCGUCUUGCGAAGCACAGCUAUUAGCGGCUUAGCGGCUUAGCGGCUAUUAACGGCUUAGCGGCUUUAAGAAAAAGGAAAAAAACUCGCAAGAACUCGCAAGACGUUUCGUCUUGCGAAGCAAGCCCAUAGGGAAAAUUGUCUUGCGAAGCAGCUCAAAAAACAAAAAAACCCUUUCGUCUAGCGAGUUUUUCGUCUUGUGAGGCAUUCGUCUUGCGGGGCACCACUGUAUCUCCUUGGUUUCUGCAGUACAUUCUGUUGAGUGGAAGGAGUGACUGGCAAUCAUUGUUUGGUGAUUGAGUGAGAGAUUGUGGAGUGAGUGGGUGGAUGAUGUGUUGUUUGCAAUUGUGGAGUAGAAUGGGAUGAGUAAUAUGGAAUGGGAAGCAGAUACUUAAUAUUUGUGAAGAUGAGCAGCAGAAUUUGAAUGUGGUGCAUAUUAUUUUGUGAGUUGGGAGAUGCCUUGGCAAGAGGAUCACUGAAAACGGGAGGGGUCCUUGAAAUGAAAUAUACUUCAAGAUGUGCUGAUAUGUUUUUGUUUUUUGACAUUUUAUUGCUUUAUUACACUAUAGUGUUUUGUUCAAAGGUGAAUUUUAGUUAAGUUUAGUUUCUCAUUUUCUCAUAUAUACAGUAUACACCCACCCACCCACCUCUGUUUUAGUAUUAAGAUAUUAUUUCAUAUAGAAAGAAACACCUAGGCUUGCUUCAGUCUGUCAUUUAUUGAUUCAGAACUUUAUAUUAGCCUUAAUCACAAACAGUAUGCAACCUAGCAACGAAGUAAAUAACAUAUGUUAACAAUAUUAUAUGCAUAAAUUAUUCUUUCACAGUAAGAAUACAUAAUCCAUGAUGGAACAUGGUACAUAAUAAGCAAUGCACACACAAAAAUAGCAGUUGCAAAUUAGUCUAAGUGACAAGCCAAGAAUGAAGUCCAUAGCUGGCCCCCUUAAAAAUAUUCCUACUUGCCUAUUCAUCUCAGGUCCAUCUAUGAAACACAAUAAAAAUUUAGUAACAGAGUGGGUGGAGUCUCUCUGGCAUUUCUUUGCAUAACAGCAACUAAAAGUGCUCCCUUUUGAUAACCCACCUGCCAGCACCUCUCUCUCUUAUUAGGGAUGAUGGCUAGAUCUACAUCAUCACACCACUAAUUCUGGAAACAGAAUGCAGUAAAGAUGCUGCAACACUUUUACAGGACUAGAGCACUGAGGCUUAGAAAUCAUUCUCAGCUGGAACCAUAUGUUGACUUUAGUGGUGCUUUUUGCAGAUCUACAUCGUCAGUUAAAUGGUCUGACAUGUCCAAUCCUUGGUCCUUCUGGCCCAGUAGUUUCUGAACGUCCAAAGCCCAUCAGGUGUUAUGGAGAUGAGACUCGGUGCCUUGAGUUUGUUCUUGUUCGUGGUAAGUAGCAUUGCCAUCCAAUGAGUGGGAGAGAAGAGACAGGGUGGGGGGCUAGCUGUUUCUCUCUGUUUUUGACCUCCUGACAAAAAAAUGGACUAUGUUUGUAUUGGUGGAGACAAGUUUUCUUCUUCCUGUAAACAUAACGGAGCUAAAAUUGCAUGUAAAACGAUCUUUUAAAGGAGUGUUUUUACUAACCUUUUAAAAGAAGCAGCCAUGGAAUCCUGAUCUGCAAAACAAUAUUGAUACAGAUUGGGCCCCUGUUGCAUAAGAAAAAAAUCAUCAUCUGUUUCAUAUUCACCUCAUGAUGUAAUUCUGUGAUGCUUUCUAUACCUAUGCAAUGCAGUUCAGAAAAAUUAAAAUGCUUCUGUUCUCUCUCUUCUACACACACAUCCUUUAUUAUCCAGACACUCAUGUGACUGUUUCUCUUUUUCUUUACUAGAUGACAGUGAAGUUCCCAAUGAGGUUGUCAGAGCCUGUGCAACUCCAUCUUUUUGUGAAAUGGCCAAAAUGUCAAUGCAUAUUGAUGCCAUUUCAGGCACUAUAACUGAAGCAAGAUGCUGUGAAAGUGUGCGUUCCGAAGAGCAGCUCAACAUUGAGGGGUAGUUAGAGGGGAACUACAUCUUCUUUCUUUUCGAUCCCACUGUUUCUUGCAGCUGUGGAAGUGGAGGUUGCUUUCCUGGUGGUGGGAAUAUUGAGCGACUGCCAUUCAAAGGACUCCUGAGUCCUCUAUUUGGCUUAUAGUGGUGGGUAAAUGGGUUUAGGCGAUAGAGAAUCUGAAGUAGUAAUGUCUAGCUUUGGGACUCUUUUUCAUGAUAAUAUGUUAUAGGUAUUAUAUUCCCCUUAAAAUAAAUUG